CUCCGUUUUCUUGUACUUACAUGCGACUCGUUCGACAGGAGAAUAACGGAGACAGAUCCAAUAGAAAUUUUUAUUGUCUAGUGUAUUGGUGUUCACCUUUCAGAUCUGUGGGGGGGAAAAUCAGCUGAACGCAUUGGCGAUUUGCAAACUUAAUCCGUUGCUUUAUUACCGUUUGUCUAGAAGAGACAGCAAAAGUUUAGUAAAAUCGUCUAUUAUCGUCUUUAUGAAACCAUCGUAGCAAGUUUUUUGUGUUCAACAAAAAUCGAUGACCUAUCAUGUUGGCCAGCAGUAAAAUCUUGCCUCUCAGUGUCGAUGUGGAAACUGGAAAUCAUACACUCAACCUGAAUAGUGAACCUGAUAUAUUGUCAGCCAGUUCUCCUAAGUGCCACUCCUUGGCUAACACUAUUCACCAACCUAGAACAAGGAAUCUGCAUCACCAUGCAAGGGGAAACAGAAAAAUGCCUCCAAAAAGUCCAGAUCUUAUAGAACUCUCUGAUGCUGGCCAGUCACCAGUUUCGGUACCAGAAGAUGAUAGCAGCCCAGGUGUGACAACUGAUGCUGACAGUGAAGAUCCCUCUUACUGUGAUACAGAAUCUCCAACACCAACUAAUACUGCAGUAACAAUUGAUCCCAAAAACUAUUGGCAAGGAGCAGAAGAGCAUAGAGAAUUGUUAGCAACAGAAGGUGAAGAAGAAGAUGAUGAUGAUGAAGGCCAAGUUGAUCAGGUCGACCAAAGAGACGUAGAAUUGGUUGAUAUCAACAGCUCUGAUUCUGAGGUUGGCACUUCCAAUAAUCCUAGUAGUGAUUCGGAUUGUGGCAACGUUUCAUAUUCAAAUGAUGAUGACAUUGAUGAAGAAGAAUUAUGGAAAAUAAGCCCAGACCAGUUAUCUUACUACAAAGUUCAAUUCAAAACGCUUCAAGCCGACCCUAAUGGAUUAAUUGGAGGUUCUCAAGCCAAGCAAUUCUUCGAGAAAUCCCGAUUGCCAACUGCCGAGCUUUCUCAUAUUUGGCAACUGAGUGAUGUGACUAAAGAUGGUGCUCUGUCUUUGACUGAAUUUUGCACAGCAAUGCACCUGGUAGUAUUAAGAAGGAACAAGAUUGCAUUGCCUAAGCAAUUGCCGCCUGCACUUGAUCCUUUGCAAAUGCUUGAAGUUGCACCACCAACAUCACAGUCGACGCUAGUGGCGUCAACUGUUGCGACAGCAGUCACUGAUAAGGAGCCACAGAAUAGCCAAGUGAAACCCACUUCGUCUAACGUACAGACGGCCGUGGAUGGUUCUGGCGCUGUCCAGCAUUGGACAAAAUUUGUCGACUCCCCUACGGGAUCCGUGGCAUCCCCCGGUCCCCAACCAGUGAAUUUUGACUUUAAACGAGCCCAAGUCCAAGUAGAACAGGAUCCACGUAUUCUUCACCCAGUCGCCUUACGAUUAACGCCCGAAUCACAACAAUUGUCAGAAAUCGGCCCGCCUUCGGGUGCCGUCUCCCUACCCCAACCUUCGAGUGUUACUUCCCUCGGUAGCACUUUGACUAGCCACGCGACCUCCAUUCCCUCCGCCACUUUAAUUGCGAAUUCAUCUAUUGGCAAAAAGGAACCACCGCCUCCUCCUCCUCCACGACCGUAUAGAGGGCACACCAGGAGUUCUUCGUUAGACCUAAACCAACUUGGUCGCAAUACUGGAUUGAAUUCUGUCGCUCCACCUGCUGUUCCUCCCCGCGUGUCGCCUAGUAUGGGUUCUCCUAGGAAAGAGAGUGAAACAAACAAUCAAACCACUAGUGGUGGAGCCUUCCAGGUUUACCGGAGGCCCACCGGAACGAUUGCCAUUCCUGCUCCAUUACCAUCACCACUAGAUUUUGCUGAAAAUAAUAAAUCUGCCCGUGAUCUGGUUACCCAGUUUCUAUCUUCAGCAUCAGGCUCUAAAAUCCAAGAUUUCAAUCUUGAAAUGAGUUGCUUGAACUCACUGGAACAUGUGAUAGAGAAAGAAAUAAAUGGUGAAACUUUUAUCCUUCCUCCUCACAGCCAGUUCUACAAGAACGACAUCAACUAUCUGGAUACCCUCGAAAAAAAAUCUGGCUGUACGUUUUCCUUAAUUGUUAUGGAUCCCCCUUGGACAAACCGGUUUGUGAAGCGGAAGAGAAAUGCUGGCAGUGUAAACAGUUAUCGGUCGAUGGAUAACGAUAUUUUGGCUACUUUGCCAAUUUCCGGUCUUUGCAUUGAAGGUGCUUUGGUGGCUAUAUGGUGCACCAAUUCGAAGACACAUCUGGACUAUCUUACUGGUACUUUACUGCCACUCUGGAAACUAACCUAUAUGGCCACCUGGUUUUGGAUCAAAGUUACAGUCUCUGGCAAAUUUGUAUGUGAAUGGAAUGGACCCAGCGGCAAACAUCCUUUUGAACGGGUCAUACUGGCACGUAAAAUGCAUUCUGUUAAAGAAGGAUUGAAAAGCGUGCCAAUUCCAGAUAAACAAAUUUUUGUUUCCAUACCUUGUGCCAUACAUUCUUUCAAACCACCACUGCAAAAACUGCUCCAACCGUUUCACGAAGCAGGUGGUCAGGCAUUGGAGCUAUUUGCACGUUCUCUUUUGCCGGAUACUAUUAGCUUGGGAAAUCAAGUGCCGCUUUUGCAACAUGUUAGCUUAUUUGAAGAGAAAGAAAACACAUGUAAUCACUUUUCAAGAUAACCUUUCCACAAUCUUCCUUUUGUUCUACUAAACUAUAAACAUGUUUGUUUAUUUGUAUUGCUAAGUAUAAUUGACACGUUUUCUGUUAGAACUGUUAGAAAAGCGAAUUCCGAAACUGAAUCAUUAGUGAUAAUUGGAGCACUUUUUUUCUUUUAAUUACAAUUUUUCUUUCUUUCCUCUCUUGGCUUCGCCAAGAGAACGAUCCCACAAUUUUAAUUGAAUCAUUGUUUUCAAAAAAAUGUCACGAGGUUAUCACUCAUCAUUUGCUGUCACCAGUAAUCUCUUUGAACUAUUGAUUCAUCAAUCCAUUGAAGAAUGUUGAAAAAAAAAUGUUGAUAGAAUGCGACGUGACAAAUCAAAUAUUUUUCACGCCGAAAACUUGUGAUAGAGACUGUCACGUAUUGUAGUUACACACCAUGACCUUUGCCGAAGUUACUGACAGAUUAGAAGAAAGAGAGAAAUGUCAAAGGUUUUUGCCUCGGCAAUUGCAUCAUUCCUGUCCAUUUUCUCGAAAUCCUUCUAACUAUAUGGAUUUUAUCGUUAAAUCAUAUUAAAUGAUUGAUCUGGCUCAAUCCUUCAAGACUUUGCUUGUAUAAGAAGGACUUAGUUAUAAGCUUAUGGGAUUCAAGUCAAGGGAUUGAACUUGUGUAGUCUGCGACCGUUAUAGCUCUUUAUGCAAAGUUCAAAAUCUCGUAAUGGAUGUAAUUCCUGGUCAAGUCUUCAAGGCGACAAAAUCGUUGACGUAUGAUAACGCUAGAAACAAAGCUUAUUUGUACUAUACUAUCUAUUUGAACAUCCAUUAGCGAC